AUGGAAGGAUGUCCAGUGUCGAGUAUUUCAUGGAUAUCAGGACAAAAACAUGAGCUUGAGGAAGAUAAUGCUUCUAAUGCAAGCUCAGCCUCUCAGUCAUUGCUUACAACAAACAACAGAAGCAACACAUUAAAUUUUUCUGUAAUACCAUUUAAUGAAAAGGUAGAUGAAUGGACAGAUAUUCUAGUUGAUAGAAGAAAAAACUUAAAUGGAAACAAAGAUAUGGAAUCUAACUCGUCAGACGAUGGCUGUUCAAAGGAAAUUAAUGAUAGGAAUGAUCCCGUAGAUGAUAAUAUCCAACAGUCUGAUGGAAAGAAAACAAAACUUAUUUCACAGGAGUCCUUUGAUGGGAGGAGUGUCAGCCUUAUACCAAACAGUCCAGUUGGAGCUCAUAGUCCAGAUAGAGUGAGGGAAAGUCCUGGGAUCAUUACUGAGUCACAGGAAACAUGUAUGCCGGGUUUAGAAACACAGAUGAACCAGUGUGAAGUUAACCUGCAUCAAGGAAAUCUAGUUGCCUCUCAGUCAACAUCAAGUAUAUCAUCUCUAGGAGACAUCAAUGACAGUAAUGAUAACAAUUACAAGAAAAAAGAAGAAGACAUUUUGUGUAAAAUUGAAAAAAUGCAGAAUAAAAUUCAAAACAAAUUAUCCUGUGUUUCAAGAACAUCUGCACAAGAUACUGAUAUAAUACAGCAAAAACUCCAUGCUAUCAAAAGUAUGCUAAUCAGGAUAGCAGAAAGACAUAAAGUGGAAAGAAACAAAAUAACAAUUGACAUUAAAAGAAGUGGAAAAUUAAAAAGUGAAAAAAUUGCAUUAAAACAUAGCUUACAAGAACUGAGUGUUAGACAAGAAUCACUAUUCAAACUUUUUCAGAAGCAUAAAGAAAUAACUAGAUUGAUAAAAAAGGAUCCAAAUUUUAAGGAGAGCUUUGGUGUUGUGCAAAAAACUGCAGAUAAAAGCUGCAGGGAAAAGGUAAAAAAGAUGGUUGGUGGUUUGAACAAAAAUAUUGCAAAAUCAGUAGGAAAUGGAAACAAGAAAUUUGUAGAGGAGAAGAAUGUCAACAACCCAGCUCAGAAAUCACAGAAUGACCAAGGUGCUGUAAAUAUUGGACCUUUAACAGAGGAUCCUUACUAUACCAUAAGCUUUAAUGGGACAAGAGAACUAUAUUGUGAGAUUGAAGAUAAUAGGACUAAUGGAAAUGUGACGCAGUCAAGACAUAAUGAAGAUUUGGAUAUGGAUGUAAGAGACGAAGAGAGAGAUGGAAUAGAAAGUAGUUUGAAGAGAACAGGACUUAAUGUAACAAGCAUACCCAUGCUUAAGAGUUCUAUGUACAAUAUGAAGCAAGCUAUGCCCGAACAAAUUAAGAUUGGGAGAGAAGCUCAGCAGGUAGAAAUACAGGAUCAGCCCUGCAUUGAAUCUGAUUUACAAAUAAGCCAGCAGAAGUUUUUAUAUGAUGGGAACUUUAAUCAAUGCUGUCCAGUCAAGCAAUAUUUAUUAAAACAACCAGUCCAGCAUUUGUCAGUCUUGCAGAAUGAGAAUGCUGAAAAACCAAGUUUUGGUGGUGAUAAUUUCAAAAGUAAACAAGUACAAAAAGUUACUGUAGCACCACCAGCCUCACCUAUUGAUUUAUCACAAAACACAGAUUCAAAUGAAAGCUUGUCAUUAUUGGUGAGACCAGAUGUUACACAGAAAAAUACCUUAUCUUUUCUAUCCGUGCCAUUCAGCUCAGUUUCAUUUAAAGGGCCAGAAGUCAUAGAAAUAGAAAAUGAUAUUGACAUGGGUGUAGAAGUAAACAAUACCAAAGGGGAUGCUACAGAGGACAUGGGAAGAUUUCAAGGUCAAGGUGUCAGAAAUAAAGAAAAGAAUAAUCGGGUAAAUACAGUAGGCAAACAAACAAAUACAGAGAUGGAAGAUGUUGGAGCUCCUAAUAUCAGAAACUCAUACUCUGAUAGUAGGAUAAACCCUGGAAGGAUCAUAACCAACAAUGUGAUUGAUAAAGAAAGAGAUCACCCAAUGACAUCUGGAGGAGUUAGAGAUGCAGAGGUGGGAAGAAAGAUGAACACAGGAAGGGUUAUAAUACCAAAACUCACAUACAGUCAAGGAAAUGAAAUAUUCAAUAAAAUUAAAAGGAAACGUGAAAUGGCUUUUGUGGGAAAGAAAAUUACAACUGCUGGAGGAAAAAAAAUAAGACCAACUACACCCAAUGGAAAUCACAGAAGUACAGACAACCAAAACUUCCAUGGAGGUCUUACUUACAGUUGCAACAGAAUGAGAGACGGUGGGAAGACACACAACGAAAUGAUGAGAAAAGUAAUUGACAAGGCUAUGAAGACCAUCAGUGAGAAGCCAUCAGGGGCCAAACCUGCAUUUGUUGAUGUAAAUAGCACACAGUUAGAACAGGCAAGACUUCACAGGGCAGAACAGAACACGGUAACUAAUAAUUAAACAAAUACAAUUAAGAUUAAAAAUGAAUAGGAAU